CUGGCGCCCGGCGCGCGCACGCCACUCAGCGUCCUCGCUCCCGGAGCGUCCCCCCGCGUGCGGUGGAGUCACCGAGGCCGCCCACAGCACCGGAAGUGACCCUGGCGGGUUUGCCUUCAAAUUCUCGGCGAGCUGAAGAAGCACUGGGGGCUGGUGACGGUUGGACACCGUCGUGCUGGGGUCGUGAGCACGGAGCAGAGUGUUUGGGGUUGGGUAGUGCCGGCCCUGCCUUCUAGCAGCCCUGAGCCACGCUCGGCCCUUCCCCUCCGCCUGGCGGUGGGUGGUUUCCCAGGGAGCCUGGCAGCCACAGCUUACAAGUGAGCAUGAGUCUUCUUAUGAUUAGCGAGAAUGUAAAAUUGGCCCGUGAGUAUGCGCUGCUGGGCAACUAUGACUCUGCGAUGGUGUAUUAUCAGGGAGUUCUUGACCAGAUGAACAAGUACCUGUAUUCAGUCAAAGAUACCUAUCUCCAGCAGAAGUGGCAACAGGUUUGGCAAGAAAUAAAUGUGGAAGCUAAACAUGUUAAGGAUAUUAUGAAAACCCUGGAGAGCUUUAAGCUAGACAACACUCCACUGAAAGCUGCACAGCAUGAGCUCCCAGCCUCUGAGGGGGAAGUCUGGUCCUUACCUGUGCCUGUUGAACGAAGACCCUCGCCAGGACCUAGAAAACGCCAGUCUCCUCAGUACAGUGACCCUAAGCCACAUGGUAACCGUCCAGGCACAACUGUCAGAGUUCACCGUUCUUCUGCCCACAAUCUUCACAACGACAGAGGGAAAGCUGUUCGUUGUCGGGAAAAGAAAGAACAGAGUAAAGGAAGAGAGGAAAAGAACAAAUCACCUGCUGCAGUUACCGAACCAGAGACAAGUAAAUUUGAUAGUACCGGAUAUGAUAAGGACUUAGUGGAAGCUUUGGAAAGAGAUAUAAUUUCUCAGAAUCCCAAUGUUCGAUGGGAUGAUAUCGCUGAUUUAGUAGAAGCUAAAAAGUUGCUGAAGGAAGCUGUGGUGUUACCGAUGUGGAUGCCAGAAUUCUUUAAGGGCAUUAGGAGACCAUGGAAAGGAGUGUUGAUGGUUGGCCCACCUGGCACAGGAAAGACCCUCCUUGCUAAGGCAGUAGCUACGGAAUGCAAGACAACGUUCUUCAAUGUGUCUUCGUCAACUCUGACUUCCAAAUACAGAGGGGAGUCUGAGAAGCUUGUUCGUCUUCUGUUUGAAAUGGCUCGAUUUUACUCUCCAGCCACCAUAUUUAUCGAUGAGAUAGAUUCCAUUUGUAGUCGCAGAGGGACUUCUGAAGAGCACGAAGCAAGCAGAAGGGUGAAAGCCGAGCUGCUGGUUCAGAUGGAUGGUGUUGGAGGUGCUUCUGAAAAUGAUGACCCUUCCAAAAUGGUUAUGGUUCUGGCAGCUACUAAUUUUCCCUGGGAUAUUGAUGAGGCAUUAAGACGACGUCUUGAAAAAAGAAUCUAUAUUCCAUUACCAUCAGCAAAAGGCAGGGAGGAGCUGUUACGAAUAAGUCUACGUGAACUGGAAUUGGCCGAUGAUGUUGACCUUGCAAGCAUAGCAGAAAAUAUGGAAGGUUAUUCAGGUGCAGACAUUACCAAUGUGUGCAGGGAUGCAUCUUUGAUGGCAAUGAGAAGGCGCAUUGAAGGUUUGACGCCAGAAGAGAUCAGAAAUCUUUCAAGAGAGGAAAUGCACAUGCCUACAACUAUGGAGGACUUUGAAAUGGCUUUAAAAAAGGUCUCUAAGUCCGUUUCUGCUGCAGACAUUGAAAGAUAUGAGAAGUGGAUAUUUGAGUUUGGAUCAUGCUAAAUUCUCACAUGUAAACUGUGAGAAACCUGCCUUAAGUGCUUGAUUAAUAAUUAAAUGUAGUAUUUCAUUGCACUGAGUGCUAUAUUUUUUUAAACUUUGAUAAUGGUAAGAUUUAAAAAAAAAAGUAUGAUUCUGAAUAAAGGCAAUUUUUUAAAGCUGCAA